AUGACGACUGAAGACGGGGAAAAAGUGAAAGACGUUGCAAAAAACCCUAUUACGAGGAAAGAACAGGAAGAGGCCUAUCUAAAAGAACACCCACCAACACAACCAGUAGAUGAAAAAAGUAGACACGAGUCCAUCGAGAGAGUUAAGAAACAAUUACAAGAUUUGGGCGUGGAUGUGACAGAGAUUCCCGAGGAUCAAUUAGAAGAGUUCCAAGGAGAUCAUUACAUGCUGACAGAAGGGAAGAAAGACAAGCACAGAGAGUUAGUGUUUGCAGACAUCGAGUGCAGUAUUGACAACAACAGACGAUUUACCCCGAAUCUCAUCUGCUUUGAACGUGAAACGUCAGGCAAGAAAUACCACUGUUGGGGUAGGACAUGUCUACGUGACUUUCAUAACAAGCUAAUGACUGCGCUACAAGAAAUAGAAAAAGAAAACAAUUUGCGAUGGAAUCAAGUAGAAAUGCAAGUAUACUUCCAUAAUUUCCGUGGAUUUGAUGGCAUGUUUAUCAUCAAACAGCUGUAUGACAUGAAUAUCAAGGUGUCUAAAGUUCUGAUGACUGGUCAGAAGAUUUUGUACUUUGAAUGUAACAGACUGAAGUUUAAGGACUCUAUGUCUUUUCUAAAUAUGCCGUUGGAAAGUUUCACCAAGACGUUUGGUUUGACGGAACUGAAGAAGGGGUACUUUCCUCAUUCAUUUAACAGAAAAGAAAACCAGAAUUACGAGGGCCUGAUUCCUGACCUGAAGUAUUAUGAGACUAAUUGCAUGAACACGAAGAAAAAAGAAGCUGUAGAAAAAUGGCAUGGCGAAGAAGUAUUGAAAGGAGAAAGUUGGAACUUUAAAAAGGAAUUGUUGGAGUACUGUGAAAGUGAUGUCAAGUUAUUAAAGGAAGGUUGUCUAGCCUUUGCAGCUGAUUUUGAAAAAGAAUGCAAGUUUAAUCCAUUGAAAGAAAACAUUACCAUUGCCAGUGCCUGCCACAACUUUUGGCGGAAUAACCAAAUGAUUCCUUACUCCAUUGCUGUCGAACCACCCCAUGGAUGGAGUGGAAUAAAGCCAGCACAGAGCAAGAUUGGAUUUCAGUGGUUGCAUAUCCAAGAUCAAAAGCUGGGCGGCAACAGAAUCAAACAUGCAGCGAAUGGCGGGGAACAAACUCUCAUGAUAGAAUCGUGGGGAAAAGUACGUGUAGAUGGCUAUGAUCCCCUCAAGAAAACAGUCUACGAAUUUCAAGGCUGCGAGUUUCAUGGCUGUCCUAAAUGCAAGAAACAAAGACAUGUUAAAACUUGGCACCAUCCAGACCGUACGGUGGAUGAAAUGUUGGAAUUAACAAAAAAGAAGACAGACGUGUUACGGAAAGCAGGUUACACCGUAAAAGUGGAAUGGGAAUGUAACUUCAAACAAAAACUUGCAGCUGAUCCAGAGUUACAAGACAUGAUCAAAGAUGUGGAAUGGACGGCUCCUUUAAACCCAAAAGAAGCCUUGUUUGGUGGACGUACUGGAUUAAGUUGUUGUUAUCACAAAAAAGUCCCUGACGAAAGAAUUGACUAUGUGGAUUACACAUCAUUGUACCCGUGGGUCAACAAAUAUGGAACGUAUCCCAUUGGACACCCGACCAUCAUGAAAAAUCCAUCUGAUCAGAACAUUGACAAUUACUUUGGUAUCGCUAAAGUAGAUGUGUUGGCUCCAGAGAAAUUGUUUCACCCCGUAUUGCCUAUGAAAAUUGGUGACAAAUGUAUGUUUACUCUGUGUGCUACCUGUGCCCAAGAACAGCUAGAAAAACCAUGGCAUGAAAGAAGUAAUCUUUGCAAACAUACAGACCAAGAACGUCAAAUGACGGGUACUUGGUGUACAGAGGAACUGAAAACAGCGGUUGAAAGGGGAUACGAAAUACUAAAAAUUCAUGAGGCGUGGCACUGGGGAGAGAACCAGAGAAAAAGAGGGUUAUUUGCACCCUACGUCAACAAGUUUUUGAAGGCCAAACAGGAAGCCAGUGGCUGGCCGUCAGACGUAGAAACAGACGAACAAAAAGCCAAGUACGUCAGUGAGUAUGAAAUGCAUGAAGGCAUUCAAUUGGAACAAGACAAAAUUGAGAUCAAUCCAGGCCGGAAAGCAGUGGCUAAAGUGAUGUUGAACAGCUUUUGGGGGAAAUUUGGAGAAGCUGACAACAAGCCAACUACCAGUACAUUGCAGAAAGUAGAAGAUUGGGAAAAACUAAUAAAUGAUGAUACGGUGAUUGUAAAAAGUGUCAAUGUUUACAGCGAAGAAGUGUUGGAGGUCACAACAGUCAAAAAAGAAGGCGCUUGUGCCCCGAAUGUGAAAGGCAAUAUUUUUAUCGCUUUGUUCACAACAGCUAUAGCACGCCUCAAGCUAUAUGAAGCUUUGGAUGAAUUGAAAGAAAGAGUCCUGUAUUAUGACACAGACUCUGUCAUCUACAAGAGCAAACCUGAAGAUGAGACAUUACCACUGGGUAAAUUUUUGGGGGAUUUUACAGAUGAGACCGGUGGAGAUACCAUAGAAGAGUUCGGAUCAGCAGGCCCAAAAUCCUACAGUUACAAAACAAGCGGUGGAAAAACAGAAUGCAAAAGCAAGGGGUUAAAAAACACUCACGCUGUCAGAGAAGUGUUGAAUUGUGAGGCAAUGUUGAAGCACAUUCAGCUAGAACUGAAAGACCCAGAAGAACGCAAGCGUCAGUUAAAAACCACAAUUUUUAAUCAUUUUGUCAGGAAUAGUAAAGUCAAAAGCAUUUAUUUGGAGGAUAUGGUCAAGAUAUUCCAAGUCAAUUGGGACAAGCGUGUGGUAGAAAAGACCACAGGACUGACAUACCCCUAUGGUUAUGUGAGAUUGGAAUUUUUGUAA